AUGAUUUCUAAAUUCGCAGCUGCUCUUCUUCUUCUGGCGAUUACCAUUGAGGCUAAGCCUUGCUUCGGAAGAUGUGGAUUCGGAAGACCACCACCACCAUGCGGACUUCCACCAUUCCUUGAGGAUCUCCCUGCUGAGGCUCAAACCAAAAUCACUGAAAUCUGGAAGGACUACAAAGAAGGAGAUAAGUGUUAUGAGGAGCAAGGAUUGACUCGUGAAGUUAUGGAAUCUCUUCCAAAGGAUGUCCGUAAGAGCAUCCAUAAGAGACCACCACUUCCAUUCCUCCGUGGACUUCCAAAGGAUAUCAUCGCCAAGUUCGACGCUAUCUUCAAGGAUAAGUCCAUCCCCUUCGCUCAGAAGCCAGAGAAGGUUGAUGCUCUUGCUCAGGAAGUUCUCACUGGAGACAACUUGAAGAAGUUCCAAGAGUUCAAGGAGAAGAGAGAGAAGGAGGAGCAAGAGUACAAGGAGAAGGAAGCCAAGCUCUCCCCAGCUGCCAAGGAAGCCAACGAGAAACUCGAGGCUCUCGGAAAGCAAAAGUUCGCCAUCCUUGAGGAGCUCGACGAGGAAGUCAAGGACGAGCUUUUCGAUUUGUGGAAGAGUCGUCCACAUGGACCACCAAGACCACGCCACUAA